CAACGCAGAGAAACGCCAUUUCUAAACCAGCCAGCGAGAGUGAAAGAAGCUCUUCGCCAGGCUGCAAAUCUUACGCUAGUCCUUCACCCUAUGGCACCUCUACUGAGGAAACGUCAAGCUAACAGGCCAAUGGUGGCCCUUCUCCUCUUUCUAUGCGCUUCCGAGGCUGACACUGGCACAGUGCGGUAUUCGGUGGCUGAAGAGAUGGAGAGCGAUUCUUUUGUGGCCAAUGUAGCCAAGGACUUGGGACUGGAGGCCGGGGAGCUGUUGGCCAGAGGGGCACGACUGGUUUCAGAUGACAGCAAGCAACAUUUUCGGCUUCAUCGCAAGACCGGAGAUCUGUUUGUGAAAGAGAAGUUGGACCGGGAGGAACUGUGCGGGAAAGCGGACCCAUGUGUGCUGCGCUUUGAAAUCGUGCUGGAGGAGCCGCUGCAGUCCUUCCGGGCCGAGGUAAGGGUUUUUGAUAUCAAUGACAAUGCCCCAAUGUUCCCAAACCACGGGCCGGUUUUAAAGAUCCCUGAAAGCACUCCCCUGGGCUCUCGGUUUCCUUUGCAGAGUGCCCAGGAUUUGGAUGUGGGGCUCAAUGGCCUUCAAAAUUAUACUCUGAGCGCCAACGCCUAUUUCCACUUGCAUACUCGUUUCCGCAGCCACGGUCCCAAGUAUGCGGAACUAGUACUAAUUAAACCCCUAGAUCGUGAGGAACAACCCCAGGUCUGCUUAACCCUUACAGCAGUGGAUGGCGGAUCCCCGGCUAAGUCUGGAACAGCUCAGAUCCUCAUCGUGGUUCUUGACGUCAACGACAAUGUCCCUCAGUUUUCUCGGCUGGUGUACCGUGCCCAGAUCUUGGAGAAUAGUCCCAAUGGUUCGUUAGUCACUUCAGUGUCCGCUACUGACUUAGACGAGGGCACCAACAGGGAAAUAGUCUAUUCUUUGGCUCAAAACCCAGAAGGAAUUCUCCAGACUUUCCAUAUCAACUUUGAAAAUGGAGAAAUCCGACUCAGGGGACCGGUGGAUUUUGAAGCUAUUGAGAACUAUGAUAUUGACGUUCAAGCCAUUGAUGGUGGAGGACUGUCUGCUCACAGCAAGGUCUUGGUGGAAGUGAUGGACGUGAACGACAAUGCCCCGGAUGUAUUGAUAACCUCUAUUUCAAACCGGAUCCCAGAGGACUCCCCACUCAACACCGUUGUGGCCCUUUUUGGUGUGCGAGACCGUGACAUUAGAGUAGGAGGGAAAAUCACCUGUUUUAUUCAAGGCGAUCUUCCAUUUACCAUCAAACAAACAUUCAGAAAUUCCUAUUCCCUAGUCACUGGAGGAACCCUUGAUCGGGAGAAAGUCGCUGGAUAUAACCUGACCAUUGUGGCUAUGGAUUCAGGAACUCCUAGGCUGUCCUCAGAGACGAUCAUCGAAGUAGUGAUAUCCGACAUUAAUGACAAUCCCCCUGUGUUUAAGGAGGCGUCUUAUACCAUGACUGUCAGAGAGAACAACAGCCCCGCAGUUUUUAUUGGCAAAGUCCAAGCGGAGGACCUGGAUUCCGAGGAGAAUGCCCAGAUUACUUAUUCACUGCUUCCUCCCGAAAGUGGCGAUCUCUCUGUCUUCUCCUAUAUCUCCAUCAAUUCAAACAAUGGGAAACUCUAUGCUCUGAGAUCCAUGGACUAUGAAGCGAUCCAGGCUUUUCAGUUCGUGGUGAAGGCUGUAAACGGUGGGCCUCUGCCUCUGAGCAGCCAAAUCAUUGUCCGAGUAGUUGUCUUGGAUGUCAACGACAACCUCCCAAUGAUCUUGUAUCCUCUGCAAAACAGCACUUCUCCUUGCAAUGACCUGGUGCCCAGAGUAGCAGAAGUGGGUUACUUGGUAACCAAGGUAGUCGCUGUAGAUGGAGAUUCUGGUCAGAAUUCUUGGCUUUCUUAUGAGCUGCUCAAGGCCACAGACCUUGGGCUGUUUUCCGUGGGACGGCAAAGCGGAGAAAUUCGAACCCUGAGGCUGAUAUCCGAGAGAGACUCCAUGAAGCAAAAAAUGGUCAUUGCAGUUCGGGAUCACGGUCAGCCUAGCCUCUCCACCACCGCCACAUUGAAUAUUCUGCUGGUGGACGGCUUUUCUGAUCCCUAUGUACAACUUCGGGAUCAUUCCAAACGUGAGAGGAAGACAAACCCCUCCACUAAAUACCUGGUUAUUUCCUUGGCUGUGCUUUCCUCUCUCUUUCUAUUUUCAGUCACUGUAAUUUUUCUUAUUCACAUAUAUCAGAAGAUCAAAUAUCGAGAAAAACAGUUUACUACCUCUGAGCACUUCUACUAUGACUGCAAUUUCCCUAAUAAUUUGAUGGAUGGGCAAAGCAGAGAGACUCUGGGCCGGGUUUGUCCUUACGAAGUGGGCUCCGCUACAGGCACUAGUAAUAGUGAGUUUCGGUUUCUCAAACGAUUCAUGCCCAACUUCCCAGCUCCGUCUGGUGUGGAAGAAAGAAAUAAGGAAGAAACUAGAUCUCAUUUACCAUCCAGUUUGGAUCUGGAUAGCCCAAGGUCAGAAGACUGCCCCCGAAUGUCUGAUGAAUAUAUGUAAGUCUUGUUCCUAGCCACGUGGGAACGUAGAUUGUGGAAAUCAUACUCUGUUAGACUUAACCACAUCCUAUGUGAAGCCUAGGUCCUUAGGCCCUACAAAGGGCAAUCCUAGAGUAGGUCUUGGAAGUGACCAUAACAAGUGGUUUUGGCAGUACAUCAAAAAGAUGAUUAUUCCAAUCUUCCAAUAGCUGGAAUCCCAUUAAGGAAGUGAAUUAGUAGCUGAAUGGUUUGUAUAUAUCAGAGAACUAGGAUCCUUCAACUUUCUUCUGCUUCUUGAGAUGGGCUUAUUAAUUAGUGAUUCCUUCAUUUGUGCACAACCUGGAAAGAGAUCAGUUCCAUCUCCACUGACUCCAUGAAAACACCCCAAUCCUUAACUUAAAUUCUUCAAAUGUCUCCACAAGUUGGCCAUAUCAAGGGCAAAAGAUUCUCAACCCCUGAUGGCCUAUUCAUAAUUCUCCAGCUGUCACCUUUCUGUGGGUAGUUAAGAAAAGUUGGAGAAGAGCCUUCUGUUAUGUAGGAUCCCCCUCUCCAGAAUAAAAAAUGAUAAUCAGAAAAUCAAUGGCAUGUUUGCGCUUAUCCAGACAUCUCUGGAUUUAGCCAUGAGACAAUUUCUAUCUAGUGGAUUCUGUUACCCACAGUAAUCAGGGAUAAAAAAUGUUAAAAAUCUGAUGGUUAGUAGAUAUCCAAGGAAGAAAUCUCUGAAACAAUAAUGAAAAGCAAAAUGAAAAAGUGUCAAAAGUAGUAAGAAGUUACCUAUGGCUUAAGUUGUACAGCACAAAUUUCUGCAGUACUAAAUUGAAGUCAUCUUCCUUGACAAGAUUAACCCACACUGUAUCAUCUCAGUUCUCCAUCUCUUAAUUGCAGAACUGGUCUUCCUGUGUUCAGAUAUUCAGAAGAUGUCGCCUUGAAAAAAACUGGAAUUUUUUUCCCUUUAGAGACUGUUUUGUUAAUUUUCUUACAAUCUCACACUUCAGGAAAUCAUUUUAGGAUGCAAAUAGAGGCAAAAGGUGCCAAUUAAAUUACAUAAAACCAGCAGAAAAAUGACACCAUGUGGCCAACUGUCCUGUUAAAAAUAGAUUCAAGUUGAGGUAGAUGUUGGUAAGUGGGGCUCUAUUUUCUCAAAGAACAGAUGGGUAUAUGUCUGUUUACUCAAGAGAACUUGAAGAAUGAAAUCUGUAGGUAUUGAAAAAUUACAGAAUAUUUGAACUAAUUGUAUUUCAAAAUCUACAUAAAACAAAGCCUCUCUGGGGAAAUUCAUUUUUAAAAGCAUCAUUCUGAAACUAGUUCUUGAAUUUAACCAAUGUGCCAGGCCCAGGCAUUAGGUGAGCAGAGCAUUCUGCAGAAGAUUGUUUCCAUGGCAAAGGCCAUGUAUAUCUCCACUUUCUUUUUCUCAGGUAUGUGCACAUUUAGUCAGGGUGAAUUUUUAAGCGAUUUGAGGUCCAUACCAAUUGCUUACCAUCAAGGUAGUUUGAACAGUCAGAUCUUUGGAGGGAGAUAAAACUCCAUUCUGGUUAAGUCUGCAGUUCUCUUGGAAGAUAUAGUAAAUUUUCUGAAAAUGCUUAUAGAUAAUAUUUUUUAAAGCAGAUGAAUGGAAAGACCUAGAUCUUAUUCUUAUUUCCAAUACUUCUUAACCAUGUCACAAAUGUCAUGUCUCUCUGUUUUCUUACCUGCAAAAUUGACCAAAUACUGAUUUUAUUUCAUGAGAUUAUUGUGGGAUAAGGACUGUCUAGAUAUUAACCAUGAUGAUAACAAGGUGGUAAAUUGUAUGACCUUCAAAGAUCCAGGUCCUCCUCCACACCAUGAUGUAGCACCAUAGGACAAAUUUGACAGAGGACCAAAUAAACACUCCAUUAUGAAUUAAAUUGGUAUGAAAGGCAUAUAAAAUAGGAUACAUGCUUCUUGCUCAUUUCCUUGGAGAUAUCAAUGUUCAUAAUUCUUACUUAAAAUUAGGAGGAUGGGGAAGACUGUCCUUUCUUUUUCUGUGAAAGUUUUCUUCCUCUUCUAUAAUUAGUUCAGUGGCCCUGAUAUUUAUUUUUAAGCCUUGUUUCCCUGUCUUUGAACUCCCUGAGACAAAAUGGAAACUGUUUAGGUUUCCUAACUUAUUCUUAACAUGAAAUCAUUUUAGGAAAGCAAAAUAAGAAAAUGUUUGUUCAUCUUUUUUUCUUUAUUCCUCGAUUAAAUAAGUCUUAAUAUUAAUUCACUUACAAAAUACAAAAAUCCCUCAAGAUAUUGUGGUGAGCAAAGUGAAUGAGUGCCCUAAUAACGAAUAAUUUCCGUUUGAGGGAAUUUCAUUCAUGUGCCUUGUUUCAUGAGAAUGUAAUAAAUGCAACUCUACAUGAUUCCUUCUGAGAACAAGUGUGGUCUGUGCUUUUAAUAGCAUUGAUUCACUGGAUCUGACUUUGUAUCUCUCUUAAUGGUGCUUUAAACAUAUCUGUUGAAUUUGAAUUUGACCUCAGGAAAUUCCCUAACCCUUCUUAGUUUUGCUUUCCUUAUUUGUAAAUUAAAGAUAUGGGACUAAAUACUUUCUAAAGUUCUCUCUAACUCUUAAAACUCUAUGACUACAAUGAUGAUUAGUAGUAUUUUAAAAUCAAUUAUAUUUCUUAAAUAUUGUGUUUUUAAUGGUUAUUAAUUUUUAAUAUAUUGGGGCUAUAGAUUUUUCUAUAUAAAAGGAUUUCAUAGUUUCUUCAUAAAAGAUGAUGCAAUUAUGUUUAAGAAUUUUGUUUACUUGUUAUUUUGAGGGGGUGCUAUUCAAACUGCAAUAGUCUAGUAAAGAUAAAGCCAUUUUAGUAAUCAUUUCUAAAAGUAGCCAAGUUCAGUCUGAGUUAACCAGAGCCCAGAUCUUCCCUUUCUCCUUCAACUCCUUAUCAGUUUAAGGUACUUUGAGCAAUUUUAAUCAUUCACAAAAUGACUAGAAAGAGCAUUAGCUUCUGGGUCUCUCAGUUAGAACUCCUGGGAAGGGGGGCUUUGGAUGACUCUCUUUUUCUCCCUCUUUCCCUCUCUUUCUCUCUCUGUCUCAGUCUCUCUGUCUCUCAGCAAAUGUUCAGCAAUAAUGAGUGGUAGGAAGAAUGCAUAAAUAGAACUACUGGGAAAGAGUCAUACUCCAAUUGGUACAGUUAUCAAUAAGUUCAGGGAAGAUUCCCAUAUAAGAAAAUUGAACAUGUUGGGAGUAUAUGUGUCCCUGGAGGUACUAUGGUUUUCUAAUUUAAAAUAUAAAAUAUUCUUAUAUUAUUUUCUUUGAAUAAAAACUUAUUUUGACAUGUUAUGGCCACAGUGCUUGUAAGUGGCAAUUGACACCAGGCUAUCCAGAAAAGAGAAUUUCCACCAGGUUAUGUUGGUGUGAGCUAAGUAAAAUAUACAACAAUGCGUUGCAUAAUAUGCACAGAUUCAGAGACAGUUGUACCUUAAUUGUUUUUGGAUAUAACCUUUGUUUAUAAAGGAAGUAUCAUUGUCUCUAACAAGCAAAAUGGCAUUCUUGGAGACCCUUUUUCCAUCACCACAGAGAUUUUUUGCAGACUUUCAAACUUUACUAUUCCACCGAGGUCAUGGAUCUCUCUGUCUCUCUCUAUCUCUCUGUGUCUCUGUCUCUGUCUCUCUCUGUGAUUUGUAUCUAUUUUGCAUUUAUUUGUAUGUGUACCUGUUGCAAACCUCAAGUAGAAUUUGAGCUCCUUGGGUGAAAUGACUGUUUUGUUUUUUGUAUAGUAUUCCCAGCACUAUAUAUGAUGCCCUAAAUACAAUUGUUGCUUAAAUAAUGUUGAUCAGAUUGCUUGGGAUUAAAUUUCUAAUAAAACAAGUUAAAAUAUAUAUUUAAUGAGAGAUAAGUUAUCUCUUUUCUUUCCCUGAAGAGGAAGAAGUACUCUUUUUGACUAGAUGGGGGAAAAACCCCAACUUUCACACAUAUGAGCAAUAGUGAUUUGAGCCCAUUUUACUUUCUGCAAAAGAAAGAGGAAAUCAGAAACAUGUAAAGGCAAGUCCAAGUAUUUUUAUCAGAGAAAGAAGUCUUUGGCAGAAGAGAAAAGGGGACUUUUGAAAUGGACAUCAAGCUUCCUCGAAUUCAUCUGGGAUAAUAAGUGAUAUGACCAUAUUCUAGAAAGGACUCAACUUUAAAAAAAGGGAAUCUAAGUGAGCUAUAAAAGAACAUUUAAUCAAGAUCUAUGAAUAAGAUUAGAGAUUAGAAAGCAUUUAGUAAUAUUUGACCACUUUUAAAAAGGUAUUACAAUUUUCAUGUUUAUUUCUGUAUACCACUUUACUAAUAAAAAUAUUUUCAAGACAAAA